UACUGAUCGUUGGUGGGUGAGAAUUUGUUAAGAUGGGAGAUUCUAGAGCCAUAAAGUGAUAUGAUAUUAUUUACUCGGAACGAAAAGACUUUUCCCAGCUGACGACAAUUUUAUUUGGGCCAUGUUACAAAGAUCAUUAUGGCUACUGCAUCGGACGACGCAGAUGGGGAGAACCGCAGAAAUAAUGACUGGGAAGAAUUUUGCGACAAGCAGGCCCGAUUGGCGGCAGCCGAUUUCGUCAAAUCUUGGAGAGUAUUUGUUGCCUUGCAGUCACAGUUUAAAGAGAUUGAACACAAGGAUCUAGCACAAAAAUUUGCAGAAUUUUUCCCAGCUCAUUUAGAACAGGCCUUAUUAAAUCCCCCGAAUGGCGUCAAGGUCCGGAAUGGCAUUGGUGGUGCUAGGUCUGUGUCUGCAGACGAUAUUCUGGAGGCAGCUGCCAGUGAUGAAGGGGGAGGCGAAUCUCCUUCCCCGAAAGUUACUCAUAGACCUUUUUUCAGGAGACUCUCUUUUAAAGGACUGAAAAAGGGGAAAAGUUUAUUUUUAAAGCAACAUUCAGAUGAAGUUGAGCUCUCUCCACACCAUGACAAACAGUCCAAGAAUGAGAGACACAAAGCCCGUACAGUAAAGUUGGCAGUAGAGUGCGUUCGUGAAGGUACUGUUCAUUUAUUGGCUGGUGAUACUCAAGAAGGUCGACCACAUUGGUUGAAAUGUCGAAUGGCGUUAGUGAAAGUUGCAGCUGGACAUAUGUUGGAAUUUUAUGCACCACCAAAGGCUGAUAGUGGGAAUGAAUGGGUAGUUGAAGCUCAGGAUCAAGAGGAUAUGAAAGCAUGGCUAACUACUAUUAUUUCAUACUGCUGUGCAAAUAACAAAGAACAAGUGAAGAACUAUGAGCUACGACCUGCUAUGUAUAGUGUUAAAAAUGAGUCUUCGCUGUCUCUUGCUGGUGCAGCAGGUGGGGUAGUUGGAGGAGAGAUACCUGAUCGACCUGAGCAUCCUCCAGAUCUUCCACCACGAGUUCCUGGUGCUACAUCACCCACCUCUCAGCCACCUCCAAGUUUGAUAGUGGCAAGGCAGAAUAACCUUUCAAUGCAUUCUAGAUCACAGAAUGGAUUAGGAGACUAUUCCAAUGAUGAAAAUGUCAACAUACCUACGGAUGUGGACUUCUACUCAACUCUACGAGACUAUCCUUGGUUCCAUGGCACUCUCUCCCGCUGUGAUGCUGCUGCAGCUGUUUUGCAAGAAGCGGUUGCUGGUCAUGGGGUUUUCCUUGUCAGACAGAGUGAAACUAGAAAAGGAGAAUAUGUUUUAACUUUUAAUUAUCAAGGAAGAGCAAAGCAUCUGAGGAUGACAAUCAAUCCAGAUGGAGCUUGCCGUGUUCAACACUUGUCAUUUGCAACAAUAUUCGACUUACUAGAGUAUUUUCGUGAUAACCACAUCCCUUUGGAGUCUGGUGGUACUUCUGAUGUGACUUUAUCAGAAUUUGUCAUUGCUGCUGAUUAUCCUGCAAGAAACCAAGGAGCUGGACAGGUUGGGACUGAACGUCGACCUCCAAACAUCCCAGAUACAAGAGAGGUUGCUACACAUGGAGGAUCAGUACGCAUGACCACGUCAGCUCUUGAACGACUGCAGUACGAGCAAAGUAAUUCAGGAGGUUCAACAGGUAGAGCUGUGGAAAACACCUAUACCUACACAUGAAAUGCAGUUACUAAUGGAUGCAGUAUAGCAGCAGGCACUCUUUGAAGUUCUCUACAUGAAGCUCAUUGAUCUGUGAAAGUCUGUAAUAUGUGUAAGGAGCUCAUUUUUAACCAAAAGCUUUAAAUGUCAAAUCUUUUGAGAUGAACUCUUAAAAAAUUUUUGUUUUUGAUAUGCAGUGUUCAUUGCAUGAAAAUUUUGAGUAUUUAUUUUGUAACCUGCUUAUGUCCAAACUACUCUUGAAUUAACCUCAUUUCUCAUUUUCUGAUUUAGUAAGGUAUUGUUAACAUUAACAUUCCUAUUUUUUCUUUGAUUAUGAUUCUUAGUAGAAAAUUGCAGUUAUACUGCAGCCAUUGGUAAUAUGAACUGACAAUUUGCAUGUAAAAGCACCAAAUAUUGAAUAUGUUCCAACUUUUGAUGGCAUUGAAAAUUACUACAAAUAUUCUCUCCAGGAGGCCAUUAUAAGAAAAAGACAACGUAACAGCACCAUAGAAUGAAGAGAAUAAGAAUGGUAUAUACAUUUUUCACAAGAGUUUUUAAAAUCUUGAAACGUGUAAGGCAAAUCGAGGUUGAGCAAUAUUCAGCUGUAGAUAUAUCAGGCACAGUUAAUGGGGCAGUGUUCGUAAAGCUAAUAAGGAUCUUGUGCAGCUAAUAUGCAAAGCGUUUGGUGCUUCCUCUGUGUAUCUUUGUUAUCCUGCAAUGCUCAUCUUUGGAGUUUGAUCUGCUAAAGUGUUUGUAGGCAUUUUUUCACCAUGUUACAUUUCAAUCUUGAUAAAUUAAUAUACUGUACUUGUAUUUUGUAACUGAAGAUUUUGAGGAGAGGACAUCUCUAGUAGUGCUGAUCCUCAAACAAAUGGAAUUUUAGUAAUCAGUAUGUUCUGAAAGACAGUUUAGAAGUCACAUUAGUAUUUGUGACAGUUAUUCUAAAUAUAGCUUUAUUAUUUCAAGUCUAGCCGUAUACUCUUUAAGAAAUACAUUUGAAUAUUUUCAAGUAGCGUUCCCCAAUUUUACCCACAUUUGAACAUUUGAGUUGUGAAUCUCUGUCAUUAAUUAUUAUGUGGUUUUUGCAGGGCAAAGUAUGCCACUGUAUAGAACCUUUUCAUUUUGUGGCUUUGAUUCUGCUUACAGUAGAGUAUGCUAUCAUUAAAUUUUAUCAUAUUGUAUGCAAUGGUUUUACAGAGUUAAUUUUGAAUGAGGUGUAGUGUUAAUAUUUCUGAUUAUUUUUCAGUUCCUCUGGACCUUUAUCAUUUAAUGUUUCAAGAAUACUGAAUGUGCAGUAUUACAAGUAAGUUGGUAAUUAUGCGUUGUAUUCACACAUUAGCAUUACAUUUCACUGAAUGAGAUCUGUAUAUAUGGAUCUGAGUUUAAGAGACUUGUUUCGUCUAUUAAAUAUUAAUAUUAAUGGACAUUUGUUAGUUACAAUAGUAUUGUUUUCUACAGAAGGAAAGUAUUGAAUGCUUUGGUAGAAAAAACUCGGUCACACCGCAAAAAAUUAACCACACCAUUUGCCUAAACUCCCUUCCCUCCAAGUAAUUUUUUGUUUGAUACAAUUCUUAUAGUCAUAGGGUAGAGUGGCUGCCAUCUGAUGAUCAGUAACCAUUUAAUCAGUUGAAAGUAUGAAAAUAUCUUAGUACUCUUCCAUUUAUAUAAAUCUUGUGUUUUAUAGGAAAAAAAAUUAUCUAGAUGUUUGUUCCAUAUUCUUUAAGAAUUUGAUGACCCCAUUGGUCAUGACAAGCUUUUUCUAUUAUAUUGUAGGUGAAAACAAUUAUUUUGGGGAUUCUUGCUAGUUCCUUUUUUCUUUUAACUUAUACUGGUGUGCUUUUCUUUGUCUGUACAUCGGGUAUUGAUGUCUUUGCAUUGCACUUUUAAUGUAACCGCAUACAGUACCUGCAAAAAAAAUCUAUAAUUUUUACUGCAAAAAAUAUCUAUACACAAGAAAAUGUCAUAGGAAAAGUGAGUGGCGCUUAAACUUCGCUUGGUGUAGUUGUCUCAGACUUAUUCCACUGCUCUGCCAAGCCUACAGCCUUCAGUGAGCCACCUACGCUCUUUGAGGAAGAAGCUAAUUCAUGUCAGUGUUAAAUACCACCAUUUUCACGAACUUUGCUGCCCAAUAACUUCGUUGCAAGUGGUCAGAAUGGGUCGAACUAAGCUUCCAAUAGAAGGGAGAGCUGUGUCCUCACCCCAUUAGAGCAAGGAAUGUCUGUGUUAUGCGUAGAAGCAGACCUGAAAGUCACUAGAAUGGCAAUUUACAACCUCAAGAAAGCUGCUGCAUAUAGCCCCCCCUGCACUGCACCACCCAGAAAACCUGGCUCUGCGACUUCAAAGAAGAUGUCUGUUCGUACUAACAUGAUUAUUAAGAGAGAAGUACAAGCAAAUCCUUCCAUAACUGCCAUAGCCAUCAAGAAAACGCACCCUGAACUCCUGAAGGAGGUCUCUGUAUGGACUAUUCAAUACCGCCUGCAGAAGGACCUUAAUUUCUGUAAUAAAUACAAGCUUUAGACCUCUGAGCAGUGGCAGAAAGUGAUGUUUAGUGAUGAAAGCACCUUCAGGUUGGUCGGGUGAUUCUAACAUCGUCCAUCAUCGAGUAAUGUGUCUUGUUAUGACCCCCAGUACACAGUGAAAACAGUGAAGCUUCCUGGCAGUGUUGUGGUUUGGGGUGCUAUUAGUGGAAAUAAGGGCACUGGUGGAUUGUGCUUGCUUCCUAAGAUUGUAACAAUGAAUGGCAGUGAUUAUAUUGAUGUUUUGAAGUACUAUCACAUGUUGGUGAUGUGGGGUAAUCAUGAGUGUGACUUUUUUAUGCAUGAUGAUGCCCUUGCCCACAGGGCAAAAGCUCUGAAAAAGUUCUUUGUAGACAACAAUAUCAGUGUUUUGGAGUGGCCAGGCGAUUCCCCAGACUUGAAUCCAAUCGAGAAUGUCUGGAAUAAAAUGAAAAAUUAAAUAGCAAAAAAAAAAACAACCAACCAACAAUUAAGACCUGAAGGGGGCAUGAGGACACUUUGAAUCACCAUGGAUGCCUCCUACUUCUCCAACUUUGCAAAUUUGAUGCCUAGGCAACUUCAGAUGGUAAUAAAAAAUAAAGGGAACAUGAACACGUACUAAGCAUAAAUAAAAAUGAAACUAAAACACUUGAAAGUUACAUUUAAAUGAAAAUAAAACUAAUUUUUUGCUUUUUUUAUCCCAAAUUUCUUAAUGUAUAGAUUUCUUUUGUGGGCACUGUAUUUCACAUACAACAGCCAUAAGUAGAAAUUUUCUUUACUCAAGAUAAUAAUCACCUAUAAUUUGUAGGACUAGCAUAGGAAAAUGAUGUUCCAAUGUAAAAUCUGCAAUAUUAUUUGCAUAAGAUUAUCCAAAUUAUCUGUAGUAUGCAAAACCUCUUACUGAUUUGAAAGGACCUAAUUCUCUCUUGAAGGCCUAAGAGUAUUACCUCCUUAUCUUUAUGUGCAUCUUUUGUUGGAGUAAUUAUCGUUACUAUUUAAUGUAGUUAAACCAAACCACUGAGCUAAUUCAUAUGGUUCUCACAGGACUGGCCCAACGGAUUUGUCUUUAUUAGUGGUAAAGUUUAGGGCAAAAAUGAGAACUUUUUAAACUUUCAUACCUUCCCACUUUCAUUUGUUGAUUGAUUUGUUUAACUCUGAAUAUCUGAUAGCUUCACUUUUUCCAUUAUCAAGUACAGUCUGGGUGCGGUAGAAAUUUGCUAUGUGCUUUGUGCGACAUUCCAUUGACUCCUAGCUGUACUUUUUAACUUUUAUUCUAUGCCACUUCCUUUUGGUUUCUGCCUUCCUAGCAGUCAGAUUUUAUUUAACAUUGUCUUUCUUAAGAUUACCCUACAACUGUAUGAAAUUCUUAGUCUCAGUCUUGUUUUUACUGCCAAUUUGAAAACAAGUUUACGUACAGUAAAUAUGCUAAUAUUAAGAAUUCAGAUAAUAUUGUUCCUAAAUGUUCCUAUUCAGGAAAUUAUGUCUUCGGGCAUUAGCCUUGUUUUCAUCCCAUCAUCCAUUGCAGAAAAAGAUAAAAAUGAAAGUGGUGAAGAAUAGGUUGCCUUAGUUAGCUAGAAUGAAAUAUAUCUUUAAUGUUAUUGGUUAUAUAUUUUUUGUUCAAACACAAGAAAGACCCUCCAUAAAUGCUUAUACCUGAAUAUUUUAAUAGUUUUAUCCCCAAAAAAGUGCAUUUAAUCAUGAAAUUUAUAUGAAAAUACAGUAAUUAGUGAAUAUUCAGUGGAAAAUACUGCGAAUAGGGGCAGUUUCUCCGAGUAAUAGGUAGAUAUGAUCUAUAGUGAAACCUGUGAAUAGGAUAUGGGGGAUCCAUUGUGCAUUUAUUUUUUGUAAUAUUUCGUUUGCUAAUAAUUGAAUGAGGAGUUUGUAGAAUUCCAGACUUGAUAGUAAUGCAGUUAAGAAGAACAGAUGGCAAUAUUAAAAUUUUGGCUCCAUUUAUUACCUAUAGUACAAAAAUCAGUCAUCUCACAUUGAUGUACAAUUUUGAAUCUCGGCUAGAUUCUGGUUUAUAUCAUCCUAAUUGCAUUUUUUAUUAAACAUUUAGGAUCUCCUGUCUGUGAUUCAGUUCAUAAGCGAUUUACUUUACGCUUGUACUAUUUAGCAUAUUUUUCUAUAAUCUAAAUGCUUUAAGUUGUGAAUUUAUAUUUCUUUAAAGUUUUAUCAUUUGAGAGUACUACUGUAGUUGGUUAUCAAGUAUAUUGUACAAAUAACUAGACCAACAAAGGGCUCUGGUUAAACACUUAACUGUAGUACACCAGUAAAUCUUUCAGAUCCUUGAUAUCUUUAAUUUGGCACUCCCUCCAAAAUUUAGAGCUUCCACAUCUUUGGAUUAAAUAAAGUGUUCAGGUAUGAAUAUCAUAAGCAGUGUAUAGUGAAAGGUCUAAUUAUGUAAAACUCCCCCUGGGAUGUGCUGCAGGGUCUCCUGAUAGAACAGCUGAAGUUCCCAUUGCCUAAUAUUGCAUGUUUUUACAGCAAUGUUUUCAUCUCUCAUAUUUCCCUUUAACUUUAUACUUAGAUCUGCACUUAAAUUUGUGAUUUUGAGCAGUUCUAGUUCUGUUGAACCUGAAACUUGACAUCCAAAAAAAUCUCCAGGUUUAGCAGAGCUUGAUAAUCAUUCCAUUCAGUAUAUAAAAUUGUUAUAUUGUAAAGCACAUUAAACUCACAGUAGUAUUAUGACAAUCACAAAUGCAUUGGCAAACAUAAAGAAGUGGUAUCCUACUUGUGAAUUAGGCACACCCAUUUAAUACGAGUAAUAAAGGCCACUCACCAUAAAUCCAUUAGUAUUUUAUGCUAACGCCCAAAUUUCAAUUGAUAGCUAAUGACAAGUACUGAAUACAUAGUCCUUUAAAAUGUUAGUAGAAUCUACCAUUUUCAUUCUCCCGUUAUCGUGUUUUUAAGAAGUAAAUUGGUAGAUUAGCAGUUUUUCUACUGCAUGAGAGUAAAUCUCUGGGUCAUCCAUGUGAGAGUUUAGUGCAGAGAAAUUUAAAAGUUAAGUUUUAAGGUGAAAGUGACUGGGAGAGCUGUAAUUCUUACUAGUAAGAGGAAACCCUUUUGGACCUGUCAGUUGAGGGGUAAGAUUUAAAACUCAGUGGUCUGGUUAUACUAUGACAUCAUUUUGAUGAUGAUAAUGAAAUUUUAACUUCUUAGUUUGGUUAUACUAAUUAAUGAUAAUACUAAUCAGAGAUCAUCAAGAUGGUUAGUUCUUAUUUGCCAGUUAGGGGUUGUGAUGUUUAUUAACAUUUCUUAAUUUGUAAAAUUAAAUGUUCAAAAUAAUUUACAAUGGUAAACUUGAGACAGCUUCUGUGAUAAAACAUUACUGUUGUAGUUGACAAAUAUCUCAUACCAAAUCACUGGAAGAGGAAGCUAGACCAGUUUUAAAUUCUCUUUACCUUUUAUUUUAAAUAUUUAUGAUUUCCUUACCUUUUUUCUUUUUAAUUAUCUUUAUGACACUUGCAGCUACGAAUUAAAGCACUGUUUGCCUUGUACAGUAUCUGUUACUCAGACAUUUUUUAUUAUUGGUUAAUAAUGUUGGGCAUGGAUUGUAUUAUGUCUUUCAGGCAUACAAAGUACGUACAUCUAAUUCUCAUCACAGUAAAUUUCUAUUUAACAGCACUUACUAGUUAAACAGUCAUAUUUUCAUAUAAAAUAUUUAAAUUUAAUGAGUGGAAUAUAGUAUUUCACCAAUAUUAUUUAUUUUCAUUUUUAUUAUCUUGAAGUUAACUUGUUUCAACAUUGUGCAAAGUAUGUAUUUUUAAUUAUAAAUUUUUGUUAAGGGAUUAAUGAAAUAGUAAUUGGAGUCUAGUAAUCUUGUUAAACUACUGUAUAGUUAAAAUCAAGUUAUCAAUAUAUUUUAAGCACUCUCCCCCAUUUUAUCUGUAAAAGAAAGUUUUUCAUUCCAUUCAUGUUGACCUGAUGGUGAAAAGUUAGUAUGCAGUGCUAUUUUAUGGUUGAAAAAACUGGGUUUCAGGAUUUUGCCAGAGGCUUUGCUUUUCUGUUUAAAAAUGUAGAUUUGGCUGUUUACAUUUGUCAGUAGAUAGGAGUCACCUUGAUGGAUUUCAUUGUAAUCAGUUAUUUAUUGGCGGAAGAGUUUGAUGUAAACAUGUUUUCAUGAUUUUGCAGAAUGAUUUACUGUUUUGUUUUUUAGUGUUGGUUUCAGCAAUAUACAUUUAUGGGUGGUUUUGAGUUACAUAGAUGGUUUUCAUUGGUGGAAGAAAUUUAUCAUAAACAAUGUUGCGUUAGUGAUGAUGUGUCCGUACAGUGUUCAGACCUUUGAUUUUAUACUAUAAUUUAGACUAUAAUAUCUAGUCCGUAUAUUAAAAUUCAAGGUAAGAAAAGUCUUCAGUGUAUGAAAGAAGCUUGUGAGUCUUUCUGUCAGAUGAGCAUCUCUAACUAAAGGAGACCUUUUAAUCAUUACAAAUAUCAUUAUCAUAUCCUUGAUAAAAUUCAGAAUGUUAAUUCCAUAUAUUGGUGUGCUUUAUCUUUUUAAUAUUACUCCAUACCUGCAUGAAUUUGUAUAAUUUCUAUGCACUGAAGUUAGGAUAUGCAUAGUAUGUGCAUUGGCAAUUUUCAGUUACAGUGUGUUGAGUGUGCAGUAAAUACGUAUUCAUUUAAUGAAAUUAAGGAUUCUGCUACAUUUAAAGCGAUCUAGUAUAUUUCAGUUUCUAGAAUUACUUUUUGCUUUUACAAUUUAUGUAAUAAGUUAUACCAAGUGAUAAAUUAAUUAUACAGUGGUACUCGAGAUACGAAAGGCUCAACUUACGAAAAAUCCAAGUUACGAAAGCAAAGACGAAAAAUUUUACUGCUCUACAUACGAAAAGUUUUCUAGAUACGAAAGGUUUCUGAAAGUCCGAGAUUCGCCCCAUAACAAUUUUGAAACUCGCGCCGCACGCCGCCAUCUUAGUUAUAGUAGACUCACCACCAUCCUCCUGCUCUCCCAUUGGUUCCUGAUGCUAGCCAAGCCAUGAAUCCUUCUCUCUAAUUGGACAGCAUCCCUCCCAUCAUGCAUCUUCUAUACAUACGUACUACGUGUUGGCGUGCUUUACCUCGGCCACUUCGCACCCGAAACUUUACCGUACGCAAUCGGCAUUCGUUCGCUCCAACGAUUUCGUUUAGUAAUGUAAAUUCAUUAGUGAUUUCGUUGCAGUACGUACAUAUUAUCGUGUUGUGCUACUUUAUCGUGUUGUGAGAACGUAACUUAAUUACGUACAGUACAUAGAGUCAUGGGUCCCAAGAAAGUUGCUGAAGUUCACAGAAAGAAGAGAAUGCUUUCUAUGGAGACAAAAAUGGAGAUAAUAAAAAAGUAUGAAGCUGGCUUGCGGUUGAGUGUGAUCGCUAAGGAAUACGGCCGAAAUCCGUCGACGAUAGGCACCAUCCUUAAGCAGAAGGAAGCCAUCAAAGCAGCUACACCUUCCAAGGGCGUCACUAUUUUGUCCAACAAGAGGAGCC